AUGACUCUUGAAUCGUCUAGGAUGGCAUUUCAACGAGCUCUUUUCGUUCUUGUGAUCAUACUAUCUGCGUUCAGCUCGUGCCCAGCAACCACAACUGGCCAGUCUGAAUUCUUGACUCUUAUGAAGAAGUCACUUUCAGGGGACUCAUUGAUCAAAUGGGAUAUCAACAAAGGAAUUUCCUAUUGCAAUUACACUGGAAUUGGCUGUGAUGAUCAAGGAAACAUUGUUCAGAUUGAUAUCUCUGGAUGGUCACUUACUGGCAACUUUCCUGAACAAGUAUGCUCUUAUUUGCCUAAACUACGCGUACUUCGUCUAGGAUUCAAUAACUUCCAUGGUGGAUUCCCCCGCGGAAUCACUGACUGUACUCUCAUGGAAGAGCUGAACAUGACCAGCGUAUAUUUCACUGGAAAGUUGCCAGAUUUGUCUCCAUUGAAAUCCUUGAGGGUACUUGAUCUUUCAUAUAAUCUCUUUACAGGUGAGUUCCCUAUGUCAGUCACCAAUCUUACUAAUCUCGAGGUCUUGAAUUUCAAUGAAAAUGGCGGUUUCGAUUUAUGGUAUCUGCCGGAGAACAUUUCCAGGCUGACAAAACUCGAGUCGAUGAUAUUGACAACAUGCAUGCUGCAAGGCAAAAUUCCGCCCUCAGUAGGAAAUAUGACUUCUCUGAUUGAUCUUGAAUUGAGUGGAAAUUACCUAUCAGGCCGAAUUCCGACAGAGCUCGGUCAGCUGAAGAAUUUGCGGCAGCUUGAGUUCUACUAUAACCAACUUGAAGGAGAAAUACCGGAGGAACUUGGAAAUCUAACUGCACUCAUAGACUUAGACAUGUCUGUCAACAAGUUCAUAGGCGAAAUUCCACACUCCAUUUUUCUCCUUCCCAAUCUUCAAUUCUUUCAGCUUUACAACAACAGUCUUUCGGGAGAAAUUCCAGCCACUAUCACAAACUCGACCACUUUGCACACCGUAUCCCUUUACGACAAUUUAUUGACAGGGGAAGUCCCACAGAGUCUCGGCAUGUCGUCCGCCAUCACUGGAUUGGACUUGUCAGAAAACCAGCUGUCCGGAAAUCUGCCGGAGGGAUUGUGCAGUGGUGGCAAACUGAUGUAUCUCCUUGUCCUACAGAACAUGUUUUCUGGAGAACUGCCUGAAAGUUAUGCAAAAUGCAAGUCUCUUAUCCGGUUUCGAGUUAGUAACAAUAAUUUGGAAGGGAAAAUACCAGAAGGGAUUCUAGCUCUUCCUCAUGCAUCAAUUAUUGAUAUGGGAUAUAAUCAUUUAACAGGCUCUAUCCCCUCAACCAUUCAAAAUGCUAAGAAUUUAUCAGAGCUGUUCAUGCAGGGCAACAGGAUUUCUGGUGUUAUACCUUCUCAAAUCUCUCUAGCAGUCAAUUUAGUGAAAAUUGAUCUCAGCAACAAUCUCCUGACUGGUCCCAUACCUUCUGAAAUUGGCAACCUAAGAAGGCUGAAUUUGUUGUUACUGCAAGGUAACAAAAUAAACUCUUCCAUCCCGGAAUCGUUUUCUUCACUUAAAUCUCUCAAUGUUCUUGAUCUUUCGAACAAUCUCUUGAUGGGUAGUAUCCCAGAAAGCCUCUCUGAAUUGUUACCUAAUUCGUUGAACUUUUCGAACAAUCUACUUUCUGGUCCUAUUCCUCUCUCAUUCGUAAAGGGAGGAUUGUUAGAAAGUUUUUCAGGCAAUCCAGGCCUCUGCAUACCUGUUGAUCUUGAUUUGUCCGACCCAAAUUUUUCUCAUUGUACUCGAGCUUAUAACAGAAAGAAAAUAAACUGUAUUUGGGUGAUAGGAAUUUCGGUAGGAAUUGUUAUUGUAGGUAUCGUCCUGUUUCUGAAACGAUGGUUUAGUAAAGAAAGGAAGAUGAUGGACCUCAAUGAUACCUCAUCCUCAGUUUACUCGUAUGAUGUUAAAAGCUUCCAUCCAAUGUAUUUUGAUCAGCGUGAGAUCAUUGAAUCCCUGGACGAUAAAAAUAUAGUCGGAUGUGGAGGAUCAGGAUCAGUAUACAAAAUCGAGUUGAAGAAUGGAGGAGUUGUUGCUGUUAAGAAGUUGAUGAGUCGAAAAUCAAAAGAUUCUUCACUGGAGGAUCAAUUGACUAUGGACAAGGAGUUGAAAACUGAAGUUGAAACUCUAGGAAGCAUAAGGCACAAGAACAUUGUCAAGUUGUAUUGUUAUUUCUCGAGUUUGGACUGCAGUUUGCUGGUUUAUGAGUACAUGCCCAAUGGAAACCUUUGGGAUGCAAUUCAUAAAGGAAAAAUUGUUUUGGAUUGGCCUAUUCGACAUCAGAUUGCGCUUGGGAUAGGGCAGGGAUUGGCGUACCUGCACCAUGAUCUGAUGCGACCAAUAAUUCACAGAGACAUCAAAUCGACCAACAUCCUACUCGAUAUCAAUUAUCAGGCCAAGGUUGCAGACUUCGGAAUUGCUAAGGUUUUGCAAGCAAGGGGAUCAAAAGAUUCUACCACAACUGUUAUUGCAGGGACAUACGGUUACUUGGCACCAGAAUACGCAUAUUCUUCCAAGGCCACAACCAAGUGUGAUGUGUACAGUUUCGGGGUUGUACUAAUGGAAUUAAUAACGGGGAAGAAGCCGGUAGAGCCAGAGUUCGGAGAAAAUAAGAAUAUUAUAUACUGGGUUUUGACCAAAGUGGAGACUAAACAAGGUACGAUGGAGAUUUUAGACAAAAGGGUAUCUGAAUCUUUCAAGGACGAGAUGAUUAAGGUACUUCGUAUUGCAAUACGUUGCACGUGUCAAAUACCAUCACUCCGUCCAACAAUGAAUGAAGUCGUUCAAUUGCUUCAUGAGGCUGACCCUUGUAGAUUAGAUUGUUGCAAGUCACCAAACAAGUCCAAAGAAACGGAAAAUAAGGUCGUGGAGUAA